AUGGACAAAUUGCAAGAAACUCCCACUGAUCCCACGCUUAAUUCUCAUUUAGUCAAUGUGAAUCACGACAUCUCAGCUUAUUCUGAACUGAAGACCUCCUGGAUUAUUCAAAGGGCCAAGGCUAGUUGGCUUAAACAUGGGGAGGAUGACCUUAAAUUCUUAUACACGAAGAUUAAGUGUAGGCAAGGGAGCUCCAAAGCCGCUGUUAACCUAUUAGCUUCUCUUAAUAGGGACAGCGUGAACAACACCAUUCAGAAUAUCAUUUGCCAUUUUCGAACAUUAUAUAACCCUCUGCCUGAUUCUACCUUAGAGCCUCAUUUAUUUCCAGUGGGGGUGGAAAUUCCAGAUUUUUACAAGGGCCUGUUAAUGCAAAGCAUUUCUGAAAGGGAAUUUAGGAAAUCUGUUUUCUCGGGUUCAUCCACUUCCUCCCCUGGGCCGGACGGAUUCAAUUUCCUAUUUUACAAAUCUGGGUGGCAUAUCAUAGGUCCUAUGGUAUGCAAGGCUGUCAAUUCUUUUUUCACUAAAGGGUACUUACCUCCCUCUGUUAAAGCUACUGCAAUUGCUUUGAUUCCAAAACGCAAAAAUGCUGAAUCCAUUACGGAUUUCAGGCCGAUUGCAUUGUGUAACACAAUUUACAAAAUUGUUGCUAAAAUUCUGACAAAUCAGAUCAAGCCUAUCAUGCCUUUGAUUAUUCGGCCAAAUAAAUCAGGAUUUAUCAAAUCUAGAAUAUCUACUGACAACAUUAUACUUGCUAAAGAAAUCAUUGACUUUGUUAAAAAAGGAGGUGGCAAGUAUUUUUGUGCAAAGAUUGAUAUUCGUAAGGCCUUCGAUACUGUCUCUAGAGAAUUCUUAAUUGAUAGGAUGUAUCAAAUAGGGUUCCCUAAUACCUUCAUCAGCUGGGUUAAAGCUUGUAUUUAUGAUGUUAACUUUUCAAUUCUUAUUAAUGGUUCGUUACAAGGCUAUUUCCCUUCUACUGCGGGGCUAAGGCAGGGUUGCCCCCUUAGCCCGUACCUUUUUUGCCUUAUCAUGGAUGCUCUUUCAACCUUAUUAAAUGAUGGGAUUUUUAAAGGUGUUGGAAUGGAAAACUGCUAUAUUUCCCACCUUUUAUAUGUUGAUGAUGCCCUCAUUUUUGGUGAAGCCACUAUAGAUAAUUGUUGUAAGCUUAAUGAUAUAUUGUCUUCCUUUGCUAAAGCCUCUAGUCUAAACAUCAAUCAUGAUAAGUGCUCUAUUAUGUUUUCUAAGUCUGUGAGGAAUCAGGAGAUUAUCUGUCAGGCUUUAUCUAUUAAUAAUAUCAGCCCUCACAUUUCUUACCUUGGGAUUCCGCUUUCUUUUAGUAGAUUGAAAUUGGUGGAUUUCCUCCCCUUCCCUGAUAAAAUUGACAAAAAACUUUCUGGUUGGAAAGCCAACCUGCUUUCUUUUGCUGGGAGGUUGCAGUUCCUGAAAUUCACCAGUAUCAACUCUAUUGCAUAUUGGAUUAGAGGGGCUAUUAUGCCUAAAAUGAUUUUCAAACACUUCAAAAAAGUCAGUUCCAGAUUUUUAUUUUUUGGGGAUAUUGGUGUCUCCAAAAAAAUUCAUAUGGUGGCUUGGGAUAAGGUGUGUUUACCGAUUCAUGGUGGCUUAGGGCUGCCUUCCUUCUCUGCUAUGCAGUAUGCUUUCAAUUGUGCAGUCAUUUUAAGAAUGUAUAAUUCUGGCACUUUGCUCUCCACUUGGCUCACUGUAAAAUACAUGUCUCCUUGGAGACCUUUUCACCACAAUGCUACUUCUUUUUGGAAGUCGGUUUGCCAGACUGCUCAGGUAGCCAAAAUGAAUUUUUCUUUUAAGAUUACUCCGUCUGCCCCUAAUGUUGUGCAUUGGGAUCAUUGGUGUUAUAAUGGUAAUAUGGAUAGUUUUUCGGAUGGUCAUUUUGUUCUCUUGCACACUAAUCCGAAUACUCUUAUAAGGGACCUGAUUAGAGAUAAUUGCUGGAGCUUGCCAAAUGAAAUUCCAGUGAAUGUCAAGCUGGCUAUUAAAGAUAUUCCUGUAUACACUCAUUCCAGUUCUUGCUUAAUUUGGGAUAAUCUUAAGCAUAGCAGAUUUUCUGAUUACAUAAAUGCUUUUCACUCUAACAUGCCUUUUUGUCCCUGGUAUAAAUUAGUUUGGCAUAAGAGCUAUGCGCAGCGUUACUCUGCCUUUACGUGGUUGGCUCUUGUCGGUGGGCUUAAAACUUCUGAUGCUCUGCUGAUUCGCAAUAUUCAAAUUCAAAAUGUCUGCUCCCUCUGUCAUGUAUUUCCUAAGAGUUCGUCUCAUUUGUUUUUUGAAUGCUCUUACUCUUAUGAUAUACUGAUUAGCAUUAUGCCAACUGCUAGGCAGCUGCUCCUCAGACCUAGUAUUCUGCAGCUUCUGGAAUGGAUCAUGAAUGAUCCUGACACUACUCAGCAUACCAAAAAGGUUUAUUCUAUCUUCUCUUGCUGUAGCAUUUACUAUAUCUGGAAAGAGAGAAAUUCGAGAAGAUUUGCAAACAUUUUUAACAGCACUUCCACUACUACUCUUUGCAUCAAAAAAGCUGUAAAUCUUAGAUAUAUAUGUGGAAUGAUAGAUCUCAGUCCCAUACAUAGUUGCUGUCUUUGCUGGGCGUCCUUUCUUUUCUCCUGUAGGUUUAUGCUCUUGCUCAAAUACGGUUCUAUUGCUUUUGCUGGAGGUUGCUCUGAGGUUGGGGCUAUACCUUGUGCUUGCCGUGCCGAUUUUUCUACACCUGGUCAAUGA